UCACUAUUUGGGCAUAACACUGUGUGAUGGGCACCAGAAGGUUAUGACUCUUCCCCAGUGAAUUACUUUUAUAGAGUGCGCGUUACUUUCCUGUUCUCUGCUCGGGUGUUACUUACAGGGCGGAUGAUCCUUUUCCCAGAACGAAAUACUCGGGGUGGUCUGUUAUAUGAACAUGUUCUUACAAGUAUAUAAAUGAAAUCAUUCAUAGAGUAAAGAUGCUGUCCAGACUAUUUCGCAUGCAUGGCCAGUUUGUGGCCUCUCAUCCCUGGGAGGUCAUCGUUGGGACUGUGACUCUCACCAUCUGCAUGAUGUCAAUGAACAUGUUCACUGGGAAUGACAAGAUCUGUGGAUGGAAUUAUGCUUGCCCUAAGUUUGAAGAGGAUGUUCUGAGCAGUGACAUCAUCAUCCUGACAAUCACAAGAUGCAUCGCCAUCCUCUACAUUUAUUUCCAGUUCCAGAACCUCAGGCAGCUUGGGUCAAAAUACAUUUUAGGGAUUGCUGGACUUUUCACCAUCUUCUCAAGCUUUGUUUUCAGCACAGUGGUCAUUCACUUCCUAGAUAAAGAACUGACAGGCCUUAAUGAAGCUCUUCCAUUUUUCCUGCUUCUGAUUGAUCUUUCCAAGGCUAGUGCUUUAGCCAAGUUUGCUCUAAGUUCCAACUCACAGGAUGAAGUCCGAGACAAUAUCGCCCGUGGCAUGGCAAUUCUAGGACCUACCUUUACCCUUGACGCACUUGUUGAAUGUCUUGUGAUUGGAGUCGGUACAAUGUCAGGUGUGCGGCAGUUAGAAAUCAUGUGUUGCUUCGGCUGCAUGUCUGUCCUUGCCAACUAUUUUGCCUUCAUGACCUUCUUUCCAGCUUGUGUUUCAUUGGUGUUAGAGCUUUCUAGAGAGAGCCGAGAGGGCCGUCCAAUCUGGCAGCUCAGUCAGUUUGCUAGUGUACUAGAAGAAGAGGAGGAUAAUAAACCCAAUCCUGUUACUCAGAGAGUGAAAAUGAUUAUGUCUUUGGGUUUGGUCCUUGUUCAUGCUCAUAGUCGGUGGAUAAGUGAACCCUCUUCCCAAAACAGCACCUCAAUCAGUGACCAUGAAGUUACCACCAUGCUGGAUGAUAUGAUGCCAAAGAGAGUUGAGCCCAGCAUGCCCCUCUGGCAGUUCUAUCUUUCUAGAAUGGUGACCAUGGAUAUAGAACAGAUCAUCACUCUUGGUCUUGCUCUUCUCCUUGCUGUGAAGUACAUAUUCUUUGAGCAAACAGAGACAGAAUCAACUUUCUCUCUGAAGAACCCCAUUAUCAACCCUAUAGCUGUGCAAAAGAAGCAAAUAGAGAGUUGCUGCAGACGGGAACCUGAACAGGAAAAAACUGUCCAUGUUUCCACAACAGAAGAAGCUUCAUCAAAGGAGGAAACUGAGGCAGUUAUAAAGCCAUUACCCCUUGAGACAUCGCCCAAAGCCAAGUUUAUAGUGGGAGAUUCUUCUCCACUGGAAUUGUCCCCAGAGGAUAAAAAUACCAUGUUUGAUCUACCAGAGGAACCCCGUCCACUUGAUGAAUGUGUUCGUAUACUCAAGAAUCCAGAUAAAGGCGCACAGUAUCUGACUGAUGCAGAAGUCAUUAGCCUGGUGAAUGCCAAACACAUCCCAGCCUACAAACUGGAAACCAUGAUGGAAUCUCCCGAGAGGGGCGUGGCCAUUCGCCGGCAAAUGUUGUCUGACAAGCUCCCCCAGCGAUCAGCACUGCAGAGCUUGCCUUAUAAGAACUACAACUACUCUUUAGUAAUGGGUGCUUGUUGUGAGAAUGUCAUCGGGUACAUGCCCAUCCCUGUAGGUGUAGCUGGACCUCUCUUGCUGAACAACAAAGAGUAUCAGGUGCCCAUGGCAACAACUGAAGGAUGUCUUGUGGCCAGCACAAACAGAGGUUGCAGAGCCAUAAUGCUGGGAGGAGGUGCCAAAAGUCGUGUUCUGGCUGAUGGGAUGACUCGUGGACCGGUUGUUAGGUUACCAACUGCCUGUGAUGCAGCAGAAGUAAAGGCCUGGCUAGACAGCGCAGAGGGAUUCAAAGUCAUAAAAGAUGCAUUUGAUAGCACAAGCAGAUUUGCACGACUCGGGAGACUACAAAACUGCGUUGCUGGCAGGAACCUGUACAUCCGUUUCCAGUCAAAAACAGGAGAUGCCAUGGGAAUGAACAUGAUUUCGAAAGGCACUGAACAGGCUCUUGCUAGACUACAAGAAGAGUUCCCUGAUCUCCAUGUUUUGGCUGUGAGCGGCAACUACUGUACGGAUAAAAAGCCAGCUGCUAUUAACUGGAUAGAGGGAAGAGGAAAGUCAGUGGUUUGUGAGGCCAUCAUUCCAGCCAAAGUUGUACGGGAGGUUCUAAAGAGCUCAACAGAAGCGUUAGUUGAAGUGAAUAUCAAUAAGAAUUUUAUUGGUUCUGCAAUGGCGGGAAGCAUCGGAGGGUACAAUGCACAUGCUGCAAACAUUGUGACUGCCAUUUACAUUGCUUGCGGACAGGAUGCUGCUCAGAAUGUUGGGAGCUCCAAUUGCAUCACAAUAAUGGAGGCUACCGGUCCCACAUAUGAAGAUUUGUACAUCAGCUGCACAAUGCCCUCUAUAGAAAUUGGAACUGUAGGAGGUGGAACUAACUUGGCUCCCCAGCAAGCUUGCUUACAGAUGCUGGGAGUGCAAGGAGCAAGCACAGAGACACCAGGGAAAAACGCCUGCCAGCUUGCUCAGAUAGUGUGUAGCACAGUUAUGGCCGGGGAACUGUCACUAAUGGCGGCUUUAGCAGCGGGUCACCUCGUCAAGAGUCACAUGGUCCACAACAGGUCAAAAAUUAACCUUCAGGACCUGCCAGGCACGUGCACAAAGAAAGCUGCCUGAUUGGCCGUAGGAAGAGCCGAAUCUUAAAAUGAACUUCUCUGAGAAACGGUGCUGUAUCUCAUCACAACACAAGGUGGCGCCACAUCUGCCUGAGAAAUGGAAUUGCCUCAUCUACAUAUGGAUUCCCAGGCCCGAGCUUCACAAUCACCAUGUUAAUCCAGUCUUUUAUUGAUGAUGGCAUCUUAAAAAGAAACUUACAUAAUUAACACAAUGGUCUGUGUUGUUUUUUGUUUUGUUUUUGUUUUUUUUGUAAACCCGGCUUUGUUUAUAAGGCUGCUUGUAUUAUUAAUUCAGGUCAGUAAUUGUAAUGUAAUAUAUACAUUGAUUUUUGGAAAGAAAAGUAAUUUAUUUGGGGGGGGGGAGAUUUUAUAUUUUAGUUAUAUUUUAGUUUAAUGUACACCAAAUUUUAAACAUUGAAAGACCUUAAUACUUAGACCAUGAUACUUGCAUAAUGUUUGCACUGUCCGUCUAGUAAUUCAGCAUUAAAUUAUAGGGAUGCACCGAAUCCUAAUUUGCAUUUGAAAAUUAGGGACGAGGAAGGAAAUCGUGGGACUUUUUGUAAAAAAAAAAACAAGGAAGUAAAAAACGUUUUCCCCUUCCCAUCCCUUAUUUGCAUAUUCAAAUUAGGAUUCGGAUUUGGUUCAGUAUUCGGUCGAAUCUUUUGUGAAUGAUUCGAGUGUUUGGAUUCGGUGCAUCCCUAUUAAAUGACAAAUCCCAGUGCAGUGAAAGGUGGAAUCUGCAGCAACACACUGGUGCCAAAAGAGUCGACUAGGGAUGGGCGAAUUUGACCCGUUUCGUUUGCCAAAAUUUCGCAGCCGGUGAAAUGUUGCCGACGCCUAAUUAAGUCUGUGGGCGUCAAAACUGUUUUGUAGCGCGGCUAAUUUUUUUUUUUGACGCACGCCACCAUACACGUCUAUGGGCGUCAUUUACGCGGGGAAACAAGGCGAAAAAAUUCGCCCAUCCCUAGAGUCGACAUUUCUUUGGUCUGUAUCUGCACAUUUAUUUACUUGUCAACAUACAGCACAGAACAAAGAGCUGGCUGCAGCACUAAAAGGGUUAAAGUUCUUCUUAAAGCAACAGUGAACCCCUGGGUAUGACAUUGCUUUACCUAAUGUAAGAGCUAGGGAUCCACCCUAUCCAUUAUUUGGGAUUUGGACGAAUACCAAUUCUGAACAUUAAUUUGCAUUUGUAAAUUAGGCUAAAAGUGGGGGAAAAAGUGUUUUACUUGUUUAUGAAAUUUGUUCGAUUUCCCUUCCAGCCCCGCCUCUAAUUUGCUUAUGCAAAUUAGGGUUCGGUUCAGCAAGCACAAGGCUUCCUCCGAAUCCUGCUGAAAAAGGCCAAAUUCUGAACCAAACCUGAAUUGGAUGCAUCCCUAGUAAGGGAGAGACACACGUGGAGGUUUGGGGAGAUUAGUUCCCCUGCGACUAAUCUCCCCAAACGGCCUUUCCGCCGGCCAGAAUCUAGAUUCAUCCGGGGGAUGGCACUCGGAGCGCUUUGUUUUCCUAAGUCGCUCAAAGUUGCUUCACGAGGAAACUUCAGGCGACUUCGGAAAUUAAGCCAUCCAAGUGCCAUCCCGUUGGCGAUUUAGAUUCUAGCCGGAGGGAAGGCUUUUCGUGGAGAUUAGUCGCCCGAAGAAUGGUGACUAAUUCUUCCCAAAUCUUCUCUUCUGUCUCUGCCCUAAAAGCAAAGCUGUAAUUGAAUGAGUGAUCUAAGGGCUUUUCUCUGGGCAGUAGAGGAAGAAUAUUCUAAGGCUUCCCCACGCCAUAACUUUACUACUGAAGCGCACAGUUCCCUACUACCCAGCUCAUUACCACCCGCUAAUUGGCAGCCAUGUUGCCUGCGUCAUUAUUCUACUUUGCCAAAUAGUUGAACUUGCCAUUAAUUCAGCAUCCAUUUCUGUUUUAUUCCUCUCCCUGCUGUUUUUUCCCUCUUAAAGGUCAACCAAAACUGUAAGUCUUUAUAAGAUUUUUCAAAAUACUUUAAAAGCUGCAAUAAAAGACGCCUAUUUUUCUAUA